ACCAAAACAAUCUACUCGUUGUUGCAUAAACAACUAUUUUGUUCUGUUCCGUGGUUCUGCCGGUAGUAAAAUUAUGAGUUCGCUACGACGAGAGGCUCUUCGGUGGUACAAAAUACUGCAGCGCACUAAAAAUGAUGUGUUCGCCGGAGAUUUUCGUACUAUUACGGCAGCUCGACAACGGAUCAGGGAGGAAUUUAUCAAAAACAAGGACAUCACGGAUGAAAAGGAAAUCCAAGAGAAAAUCAAAAUUGCCAAGGAUGUGGAAGUCGAGUUGCGCAGCUCAGUAGUGCAGGCGGUGCGGAAACAACCGACCGUAUUUGAGGCGAGAAUCACACCCGAUACAAAAAAAAUGGACAACGUAAUGUUUGAUCCGGACGCCGAGAUACCUCCGCCUCGAAGCAAAAAGUGCAGUGAUAAAAAAUAGAAAAAAAAUGUCUUCCAUCACUCACAGCGUUUAGCUGAUCGAUGUUAAAUGGUGUCUAUCUAGUGAAGUUGUUAUCGGUAUCAGAAGGCUAAUCAUGGCAUUUUGUUUUAUUUUUACCCUUGCCAGUUGUUAGAAUGUAUGACCUCACCUGCAGCAUUA